AUGCAUGUUGCAGCCCAAGCGGGCCAUGUCGGCCUGACAGGGGCCCUGUUGGCUGCUGGAGCUGAUGCUGGUGCUCGUUACGGCACCUAUCAAUUGUCAGCCCUGGAGGUGGCUGCCCGCAAUGGCCGUGCAGGAGUUGUGAAGGUGCUGAUUGAGCACGGGGUGAAUGUGAACACGGCGAACGCGGACGGCUCCACACCCCUAGAUUGUGCUGUUUGUGGAGGUUCCGCACAGGCGAUCGAUGCGCUUGCCAAGGCAGGAGCAAACGUCGAUCAUACGAACAUCGGAGGGGAUACACCUCUUCAUGUUGCAGUUUUCUGGCGCCAUCUCCAAGCCGCUCUCGCCCUGGGCGCAGUGGCGACAGCAAGUCAGCAAAGAACAUGGGAACAUGACGACAACGAAAUGGAGCCGUGCUCGCCUUGUGAGCAAGCUUGUCGACGAGAAGGACGCCGCCAAUGCCCAGAGCAGCCGCACGACUGCGGGUUGCGGCGAAGGUGGUGA